UCAACGGUGUGGUGUUUUGAUGCGUUCCGGUGUGAUUCCAACAGCUGAAUCAACAUGAACCGACAUCUGAAACAGCGAUAAUAGCUGGGUGGCUUUUGAGGGAGUUAACGAAAUUUUCACCAUGAGCAGCCGAAGAAAGAGGGCCCCUCCUGUGAGGGUGGACGAAGAAGCCAAGAGGAGGCUGGAAUGGAACAUGCUGGAGGACCGCAAGAACGACGUGAUCCAGGAAGACGAGCAGACGCCGUCCUGCACCCUUCUCUCUGUCGACCCCAGUCCCAGCAGCUCUUUUCUCUCCACCGUAGAGGAUGUCAUAGAAUCUGCUUGCAGCCGCUCUGUCCGGUUUUCAGAGGAAAUUCCUGGCUCAUCUUCAGAUAACACCUCUACCUCUGUUUCCCUGGCACUCUCUGUGUUGCCAGCUUUUAAAAUGGGCCACAUCUGGAAAGCUCUCAUUGGGGAGUUCAGUGUCCAGCCAGCUUGGCUCCCAUCUGACUAUGAACAGAGAGCUUUCACACUCCACAGAAUGGAUGAGCAGCUCUGUCUCAGUUACAGCAGCUGCGAGGAGAGCUCAGGGCUGCAGUGGAGGCCCGAUGAGGACAGUUGUACUGCAGAGUGCAGCCUCAGUAGAAUCCCACUGGAGGACUUUGAUUGGUUGCAGAAGAGGAGAGUGGUGCAGCUUUUCCACCAGACAAAAGAGGAAACAGUCAAGGUGGGGAUUUAUCUGCUGGAAACUGGACUUGGAAAGCCAGAGUUCCUCAGCGAGGGAAAUCCUCGUUUGAAGAAAGCAAAUCAGCUAAUGCAGAAAUUGAUGGAAUAUUUCUAUGAUUUUAUCAUUCCAGAAGUUGUAGAGAAUGAGGAAGAAGAGUGUGACACAGACCUGGAAAGGCAAAAUGUGGAGGAGCUCUACGAUUGCGUCAGGCAUCUGCACCAGAAAGAAAGCAAGGAGUUGCCCUAUGAUGUCCAGCACAAGGGUCUGAUUCCUGUCCUCAGGCCUUAUCAGAGUCAGGCUGUCAACUGGAUGCUGAGGAGAGAGAAAUACAGGAGCAUAGCACCUAAAGAACAGUCGAUGCAUUUCCUGUGGCGGGAGUUGGUUACUUUGUGUGGCAAGAAGUUGUUUUACAACCCUUUUACUGGCUGCUUAAUUAGAGAAUUUCCACUUGCUGGUGUUGAGUGGCCUGGUGGGAUCCUGGCUGAUGAGAUGGGGCUUGGAAAGACGGUAGAAGUUCUGGCGCUCAUCCUGUUUCAUACCCGACAGGACCUGAAGCAGGAGGCCCUCACUCUGCCUGUUGGAAAAUCUGUGAAUUACUUUGUUCCACCUCCUCCGCUGGAAAGCAAGAAAGUUAUCCACUGCAAGACUGAAGCUCAGCCAAAAAUGAAAAUAUCUUAUCCAACUGUGCGUGUCAUGCUGCUCACUGCAAUAAAGGAGAUGCGAUCUGGCAAAGGAGCCUCAGUCAACGCUGUGUUCACCUACAUUCGCGCCACCUAUGGCUACGACCUCUUAAAGAACCGCAAUCACAUCAAGAAGACGCUGGCAAAGCUCAUAGAUGAGGGCAUGGUUGACCGGGUCAAAGGCCGAGGCUUGGCGGGAUCAUUCAAGCUGGGAAAGAAAUACAAAGAAACAAAGAAAACAUUAGCAGGAGUAUCCAAGUUUGUAAGAACCUCUAAAAACACAGAGAUCACGCCCAGGAAAAUGUUUCAGAGACGAGCAAAGGAGAAGGCAGAAGCAGCUCUGCAGAACUCCCUCUCAGAAGAUCAAAAAGAUAUGAGUCCUUCAACCGACUGUCCUACAGCAGAGGAAACUGAAACAAAGGGGUGGGAUGAAAGUCUGAAUGAGAAAGCAGAUCAACCGGAUGACAUGCUGGACACUUCGGCUGUGCCGUUGCAGACGUCUCAAGAUAAAAACGAGUCAGGCAUGCAGGCUGUGCCCAAAAUUGACGAUCUACCUAAAAAAAAGGGAGAAGUCCCUCAGUUUGAUUCACAGGAGGAGGCAGAAACCCUGACUAGAGCGUCUGUAGUCCCUUUCAACACCCCAGACUACCGCUUUGAGUGUAUCUGUGGAGAACUGGGCAUCAUCGACUACAAGGCCCGCGUUCAGUGUAUGAACUGUCAGCUGUGGCAACAUGCAGAUUGUGUCAACUAUAAAGAGGAAAGCCUUAAAACUACACCUUUCUACUGCCCUCACUGCCUGGUAGCCAUGAAACCAGUGUCUACUGGUGCCACACUCAUCAUUUCUCCGAGCUCCAUCUGCCACCAGUGGGUGGAGGAGAUCAACCGGCACAUCAGGUCCUCCUCCCUACGAGUACUAGUUUAUCAGGGUGUGAAGAAACAUGGAUUUAUCCAGCCUCGUAUGCUCGCAGAGCAGGAUGUGGUCAUCACCACCUACGAUGUGCUUCGCUCUGAGCUCAACUACGUCGACAUUCCUCACAGUAACAGCAAAGACGGACGCCGCUUCCGCAACCAGAAGCGUUACAUGGCCGUACCCAGUCCUCUGGUGGCUGUGGAGUGGUGGCGCAUCUGUCUGGACGAGGCCCAGAUGGUCGAAUGUCCCACUGCGAAGGCUGCAGAAAUGGCUCUGCGUCUCGCGUCUAUCAACCGCUGGUGUGUCAGCGGCACUCCUGUCCAAAGAGGCUUGGAAGAUCUGUAUGGCCUUGUUCUUUUCCUCGGAGUUGACCCGUACUGGGUAAAACACUGGUGGGACCAGCUGCUUUAUCGCCCCUACCGACGUGGAAACUCGCAACCUUUGUACAACGUAAUUGCUCAGAUUUUAUGGCGGUCGGCUAAAAAAGACGUCAUUGAUCAGAUUCAGAUUCCUCCUCAGACAGAAGAGGUCCACUGGUUGCACUUUUCUCCCGUUGAGGGUCACUUCUACCACCGCCAGCACGAGGUCUGCUCCCAGGAUGCUUUGGUCAAACUCAGGAAGAUCUCGGACUGGAGCCUGAAACUUGGCAGCCUCGAUCGGCGUACUGUCAACACCAUUCUUUAUCCACUACUGAGGCUGCGGCAGGCCUGCUGCCAUCCACAGGCUGUGAGGGGGGAGUUCCUGCCUCUGCAGAAAAGCACCAUGACAAUGGAGGAGCUCCUCAAGUCCCUGCAGAAGAAAUGUCGAGUGGAGUGUGAAGAAGCUCACAGACAAUUGGUGUGCGCUCUCAAUGGCCUGGCUGGAAUCCACAUCAUCAGAAAUGAGUUUGUAGAGGCAGCAGAGAUGUAUAGAGAAGUCCUCCGUUCAUCAGAGGAACAUAAAGGCCGGCUGAAAACAGAUUCGUUACAGAGGCUUCAUGCAACCCACAACUUGAUGGAACUGCUAAACGCAAAGCAUCCUGGGAUUCCUCCAACCCUGAGAGAUCACCGAUUAAGUGAAGAGGCUGAGCAGCUGCGACAGCACUACAUGACCAAAUACGACUCUGAGGUGGCAGAUGCCCAUCAGGCCCUGCAGCCAGUGCUACAAAACAUCAAAGAGCUGAAGCGAAAAGUCAAUCUGAACUCUCCCUGGUGGCUAGAAGUUAUUCAGAGGGCAAUCUGCUGCUCCACCGACGAUGAUCUGGUGUCCCGCGUCAAGAAUGAGCUGACAUGCAGCUACAAGCAAGAACCCAGUAAACUCUCCAUGGCAGACAAGUUCCGGGAUGCUUGUGGUCUCCAAUUUCUACUCACCACACAAAUGCAAGAUCUGAUGAAAUCGCAGAAGACUGUGCAAGAUGCAGUGAAGAGCCUUGAGGGUCCAGCUUCAAAAAAAGUCAUAGAUGAAGCCACUAUUUGCCACCUCAGGCCAAUGCGACUGCCUCUCAACAACUGUGUUUUCUGCAAAGCAGACGAACUUUUUAAUGAUUAUGAAUCCAAGCUGUUUGCUCACACGGUGAAAGGUCAGACGGCCAUUUUUGAGGAAAUGAUUGAGGAUGAAGAUGGCCUUGUGGACGACCGUCUUCCCACCACCAGCCGUGGUCUGUGGGCAGCUAGUGAGACUGAGCGCACGCUGAAAGCCAUUUUGUCUUUCGCUAAAGCCAAACGUUUGGAGCUCGUGGAGGAGGGAAACACUUUCAUGGAGCUGUUUGAGAACUGGAAGAAGGAGUACAAGGUGCUGCAUGAAUACUGGAUGGUGCUGCGCAACCAUGUUUCAGCCAUCGAUGAACUGGGCAUGGCCACCGAGAGGCUGCGUGUGCGUCUGCCGGAUGAGCCGAAACCCAAACUACUGCACAUCAUAGAACCACAUGAGGUGGAGCAGAACCGAGUGAAACUGCUCAACGACCAGGCUGUGGCCAAGUCUCAACUCCAAAAGAAGCUUGGGCAGUUUCUGUAUCUCACUAACCUGGAGAAGUCGCAGGACAAGUCUACUGGAGGGCUGAACCCAGAGCCAUGUCCCAUCUGUGCCCGGCCGCUGGGGCAGGAGUGGGCAGUGCUGACUUGCGGCCACUGCUUCUGUAAUGAGUGCAUCGCCAUCAUUGUGGAGCAGUACAGCGUGGGCUCAAGGCGGCGAGCCAUUAAGUGUGCUAUUUGUAGGCAGACUACAUCGCACACUGAAAUCUCCUAUGUGUUCACCACACAGUCAUCCAGUCAGGACCAAGACAUACCAGUCAAGGGAAGCCACUCAACCAAAGUGGAGGCUGUAGUGAGAACACUGAAGAGGAUUCAAGUGACUGAUCCCGGUGCCAAGUGUCUGGUCUUUUCCACGUGGCAGAGUGUUCUUGACAUCAUCGCCAAGGCCUUGUUUGACAAUAACAUGGACUUUUCGCAAAUCAAUGGCAUUCACAAAUUUCAGGAGAAUCUGAGUUCUUUUAAGUAUGACGAGAAGAUAAAUAUCCUCCUCCUUCCUCUCCACACCGGUUCCAACGGGCUGAAUAUCAUCGAAGCAACACACGUCCUGCUGGUUGAACCAAUCCUCAACCCAGCUCAUGAGCUCCAGGCAAUAGGCAGGGUACACCGGAUCGGCCAAACCAAACCAACAUUUGUUCACAGAUUUCUCAUCAAAUCAACAAUUGAGGAGAGAAUGCAAGCCAUGCUGAAGACAGCAGAAAAAAGUCACACCAGCACAGCCAUGAAGCACUCUGAGGCUGCCGUACUGACAGUGGCUGACCUGGCCGAUCUUUUUACUGAAGACGCUGAAACUCUGGAGUGAAUCUGAACGACGACCUGCACAUGAAAAGCCUUCAAGCAGCCGAAGGGUGCUCACUAUAAACAAAACAGAGAUACUAUGAUUUUUGCACAUUCCGUUUUUUUCUUAUAAGCAUCCUGAAAAUAUGAAAUGUGUUUUAAGGGGAUAUUUUACCAAAUUAUUGCAAACAGUAUAUCAACAUGUUUCUUAAGAAUAUUUGCAGUCAAAUUUUACAUUUUGUAGAGCAGAUGUUUUUGGGUCUCUUCGUCGUUUAAGCACGUUUGAUUCUCAUGAUUGACUCAACUGUACAGUGUUGUUGAUCGUGUUAAUUCGGUGUUAUAUGUGUUUAUAUACAACAGUGGAAAAUGGGUUUCAACACUGAAUUCACAUUGAUGUGAACUCAUAACAUUCAGGAAAUAAAAAAUCUAUUGACAG